CAAACGUCAGCCACACCCCCACAUUACGACCAAAUCACGCUCAGCCUCCUCUUCUUCUUUCCCUCUCUCCCAACUCAACAAAUUGCAUCCCCCAGUCCUCCACAUAUAUAUACACGCCCACGCCCGACUCUUCUCUUCCAAAUCAUUAUACUCAUCCCUUCAUUCUCUGACGCCCGCACGCGAUGCAAGAAGCCAUUCCCUACAGGACAUCUCAUCACUCCCUGAUCGCCCGCAGUCCCUCCCCUGUUUCCCCGAGGUGCGACGGCAUGGUGGCCAAGAUGGUGACGGAGAACGCCGUGAUUGUGAUCGGAAGGCGGGGCUGCUGCAUGAGCCACGUCGUGAAGCGGCUUCUGUUGGGGCUGGGGGUGAACCCUGCUGUUUGUGACGUGGACGAGAAGGACGAGGGGGGUGUUGUUAUGGAACUUGAAGAGUUGAUUCGCGGGAAUGAUAAAGACGACAAGGUUCAGUUCCCGGCGGUGUUCAUAGGGGGGAAAUUGUUCGGAGGUUUGGAUCGUCUCAUGGCCACCCAUAUUUCCGGCGAUUUGAUUCCCAUUCUCAAACAAGCGGGCGCCUUGUGGCUCUGAUUCCUGAUUUUCUCGUCUAGGGUUACGGUCCCCAAAACCCAAAAAAAAAAAAGAGUUCUCUGUUUCGAAAGUUGUAAAGAAGGAAAUGCAAAAGGAUUAAUUUUCUGCGUUUAACAAAUAGGUGGUAGUGGUACAGUACAGGACCAGAAUGUUAUGACAUGACGGGCAGGAUAUGGAAUAUUUUCUGAGACUCUGUU